CCGUGGCGCCCCCACCUCAGCCGGCGGCCGCGCUCUCGGGCGGCGUUGGGGUGCGAGUCGGCCCGGUGGCCGCGGGCUCGGUGAGUUAUUCAUGUAUUAAGGACAUAUUCAUCCGUUUACGAUUUAUUGAAUGCUGUCUGUGUGAUGGACACAAUUCGAGGUGCUUGGGACAUACCAGUGAACAAACGAGACAUACCCCCUGUUACCAUGGUACCUACAGUGUUGUGGGCCAUGUAAUAAACAAGGCCUGCCUUCUCAGAUCCUGCCUCUGUCCAGAAAGAAGAGGAAAUGACUGAGCCACAGGGAACAGUGACCUUCAGAGAUGUGGCUAUUGACUUCACCCAGGAGGAGUGGCAGCAACUGGAUCCUGCUCAGAGGAACCUGUACCGAAAUGUGAUGCUAGAAAACUAUAACAACUUAAUCACAGUGGGGUGUCCAUUCACCAAACCCGAUGUGAUUUUCAAGUUGGAGCAGGAAGAAGAACCGUGGGUAGUGGAGAAAGAAGUGUUAAGGAGACACUGUCCAGGAGAAGUAUGGGGAAUUGAUGAGCAUCAGAAAAACCAGGACAUAAUUUUGAGGCAAGUUGAAGAUAACAGUGACAAGAAAGCAGUGACAGAGAAAAAAGUCCAUGAAUGCCAUAAGAAAUUUUCAAUUACAUUUCCUCUGAAUUCAGACUUUGUUCCCUCCAGACACAGCCUCUAUGAAUAUGACUUAUUUGGAAAGUAUCCAGAACAUAAUUUAAACUGUCAUAAUAAUGAGAGAAACUAUAUAACAAAAGCACAUUCUGAAUAUAAUGAUCCUGUAAAAUCAUUUUGCAAUAGCUCAUCCCACCUCGUAGUAACCCCUUUUAAGUGUAAUCAUUGUGGAAAAGGCUUCAGUCAGACGUUGGACCUCAUCAGACACCUGAGAAUUCAUACUGGAGAUAAACCCUAUGAAUGUAAUAAAUGUAGAAAAGCCUUCAGCAACAAGGAAAAACUCAUUAAACAUGAUAAAAUUCACAGUAGGGAGCAGUGUUAUGAAUGUAGUGAGUGCAGGAAAGCUUUUAUUAAAAUGUCAAACCUCAUUAGACAUCAGAGAAUUCAUACUGGAGAAAAACCUUAUGUAUGUAAGCAAUGUGGGAAAUCCUUCAGCCAGAAAUCAAAUCUUAUUGAUCAUGAAAAAAUUCAUACUGGAGAGAAACCUUAUGAAUGUAAUGAGUGUGGAAAAUCAUUCAGCCAGAAGCAAAGCCUCUUUGCACACCAGAAAGUUCAUACAGGAGAGAAACCUUAUGCUUGUAAUGAAUGUGGUAAAGCUUUCCCUCGAAUUGCAUCCCUUGCUCUUCAUAUGAGAAGUCAUACAGGAGAAAAACCUUAUAAAUGUGAUAAAUGUGGAAAAGCCUUCUCUCAGUUUUCUAUGCUUAUUAUACAUGUGAGAAUUCACACAGGUGAGAAGCCCUAUGAAUGUAAUGAGUGUGGAAAAGCCUUCUCUCAAAGCUCCGCCCUUACUGUACAUAUGAGAAGUCAUACUGGUGAGAAACCCUACGAAUGUAAGGAAUGUAGAAAAGCCUUCAGCCACAAGAAAAACUUUAUUACACACCAGAAAAUUCAUACUAGAGAGAAACCUUAUGAAUGUAAUGAAUGUGGGAAAGCUUUCAUUCAAAUGUCAAAUCUUGUUAGACACCACAGAAUUCAUACUGGAGAAAAACCCUAUAUAUGUAAGGAAUGUGGCAAAGCCUUUAGCCAGAAAUCAAAUCUCAUUGCUCAUGAGAAAAUCCAUUCUGGAGAAAAACCCUAUGGAUGUAAUGAAUGUGGCAAAGCUUUCAGCCAAAAGCAAAACUUUAUUACACAUCAGAAAGUUCACACCGGAGAGAAACCUUAUGAUUGUAAUAAAUGUGGGAAAGCCUUCUCUCAGAUUGCAUCCCUUACUCUUCAUCUGAGAAGUCACACAGGGGAAAAGCCUUAUGAAUGUGAUAAAUGUGGGAAAGCCUUCUCCCAGUGCUCACUGCUUAACUUACAUAUGAGAAGUCAUACAGGUGAGAAGCCCUAUGUAUGUAAUGAAUGUGGAAAAGCCUUCUCUCAAAGAACUUCUCUUAUUGUGCACAUGAGAGGUCAUACAGGUGAGAAACCCUAUGAAUGUAACAAAUGUGGAAAAGCCUUCUCCCAAAGCUCAUCCCUUACUAUACAUAUACGAGGUCAUACAGGUGAGAAACCCUUUGACUGUAGUAAAUGUGGAAAAGCCUUCUCUCAAAUCUCAUCUCUGACUCUACAUAUGAGAAAACAUACAGGUGAGAAGCCUUAUCAUUGUAAUGAAUGUGGCAAGGCUUUCAGCCAAAAGUCACACCUUGUUAGACACCAGAGAAUUCAUAUUCAUUAGCAACCCUAUGGAGCCCUGGUGGAGCAGUGGUUAAGAGCUCAGCUCCUAGCCAAAAGGUUGGCAGUUCGAAUCCAGGAGCCAUGCCUUGGAAGCCCUGUGGGGCAAUUCUGACCUAUCCUGUAGGGUUGCUAUGAAUUGGAAUCAACUCAGUGGCAAUGGGUUUGAGUUUGUUUGUUUAGCAACCCUAUGAAUAUUGUAAAUGUGGAAAAGCUUUCAGAAUGAAUUAACACCUCAUUGUACAUUGCAUAAUUGGUUCUACAAUAUAAAACUAUGAAUGUAGGAAAGCCUUAUGAAAAAGUCACAAAUUUAUAAAACAAUUCAUACCAUGCAGACAAAUUGUUACUAUAAUGAAAAAGCUGGUCAUCAAAAACCUGCAGUAGACAUGUUACAUAUUGAUAAUAUUUAAUCAGCAUUCUCAUUUAAAUAUCAGACAAAAUAUCUGCUGUUGGGACUACUUGUCAACAUAAUACUUGAGCUCCUAGUCAGUGUAUUAAGCAAGAAAAGGAAGAUUGGAAAAAAGAACUGUGAAAGUAGCCUUUAUAUGAGGAAGAGUUAGAGAAUGUGUUGAUAUGAAAGAUGUAAGAGUAAAUACAACAAUGAAUUACAAUUAUAUAUAAAGUUAUAAAACAUGUUGAAGGGCACACACACACACACACACAAAAACACCCCACUGGAAAAGAGAAAAAUUACUUUAUGUCUGAAAAGACAUUGUAAAAAAAAAAUUUAUUUUAAGGAACCUCACAAGCUGAUUAGGGGGAGAUGGGGGAUCAAAAACAGCUGCAACCAACUGGAAAAAGCAAACAGAGAAGAGAUGCCCUAGCAGGUAUUAUCACAGACCUUAAAGCUGGAUCAUUUCAUCAGUGUGUUUCUGAUGAAUUAAAUACUGAUCAGUGGAAGCAAAUUAGGGAUUCAUACACAAAUCCAAGGAGAUACAGGAAUUUUGUGUAUAACAUCAAAACCAUUAGGGGAGAGGAUGGUCUAUCCAAUAAAUGGAAAAUUCAUAUGAGCUCUCUACCUUAUAUAUAAAAAUAAAACACAAACAGAUGGAAGACCAGAAUAUAAAAAGCAAAAUUCUAAUACUAUGGUGAAAAUAGAAUGCACCUGUUACCAUAAAGUAAGAGGAUUUCUUUAAAAACACAUAAACAUGGAAAAAUUCUAUUUUUGUGUGUGGGCCAUGGAGGCAUAUGCACAAAGAGCUACAUAUCACUGUGUUUACUGGAGUGUGGUUUGUAUUUGCCCUGAAUUGGAUAUAAUGUAAAUUUCUCUUAAUAGAGGAAUAGAUCAAUAUUAUGUGAUUAUUCCUAUGAUAGAAUACUGGACAGUAUUUAGAUAUAAGGUUCAAAAUUCACAUUCAUGAAUGGAUGGAUCACAGUAUAUAAUACUCAGAUUAAAAAAAGCAAAAUUCACAAUAAAACAUGGUAUAAGUGCACAGAACAGGACUGUGUAUGGGUCAUGACUGUGUGUAUGACAUUGGUUGCCUUUUGGGAAGUGGGAAAGAUUUGGAGGGAGUUGAUAUAUUUACCUGUAAUAUUUCUUUAUAAAAGAAAGAAAGCAAAUAGUACAGUAAUCACACCUAUGAUUGCCAAAAUUAUGGGGGGGUUUGGGGUAUUCUUUCUUGCCUUUCUGUAUUUUCCUAAUUUCCCUAAAAUUUUGGUGGAGGAAACCUGGGCCAAUGAGAAUAACUUUAUAAUGGAUUCUUAUUCUUGAUCAGAUAUUAACGUUUAUAGAAAAUUCUCUUUAAUACACAAACCAAGCCUGAUUUAAGGGAAUAGUUUGGUUACCCUCUCCUCAUCGUUAGUUGGGAUAAUGAAAUCAACAAUAUGUAGCAUUUGUUUAAGGCCAAUUUUUGUAUAUUUAAAUAAUUUUGUCUUAAACACAAGUUCUUUUCCACUGAAAGCAGUGAAGAAACAACAAAAUUAUUAAAUUGUUGAAAUAAUCGACUGUCCAUUUGGAAAGAACAAUCUACCUCCAGCAUUUUGUGUUUGUUUCAGAUUGAGGGGAAAAAAGGCUCUUACAUACUAUAAAAUUUGAUUAACAUUUUCAUUUAUCAAGCCAAGAAUAGUUCCCAGCAUCAGAGCAAGAGCACUUUCAAUAACUCUCAGUACAGCUUUCUUUGAUUCUUUUGCUCCUUAAAUGGGGAUUUAGAUGCUGGUGAUUUUAUUUGUGCCAGAUACGUGUGAAACGCUCACUUCUUGUACGACAGAUCUUACAUUCAGGGCUUCCAAAUGUUUAUGGUGACUCAGAUUUUCUUUUCUGUGAAUAGCCCAUUCAUAUAUUUUGUCUUUUUUUUUUCCUAUUGGGACUUAAAAAAUAUUUAUUUAGAAAUACAGACUCAUUGGAAGCUUCAGAAAUAGUAUGGAAAUACACCCAAUUUCCUCCAGUGGUACAUAACUAUAGUACAGUAUCAAAUGUGACAUUUGCACAAUCCCCAGACUUUAGAUUUCACCAAUUUUACAUGCACUUGUGUGUGUGUACAGUUCUGUACAAUUUUAUCUUGUGUAGAUUUGUGUAACUAUCACCACAAUCAAGAUACAGAACUGUUUGAUCACCACAAAGUUCCCUUGUGCUAUCCCUUUAUAGUGGCUCCCAUCCUCCUUUCCUCCCCUCACAGCCACUGAUCUGGUCUUCAUCUCUAUAAUUUUGUCAUAUCAAAAAUGCCAUAUAAAUGGAAUUAAUACAGCAUGUAACCUUUUGAAACUGGCUUUUUUCAUUCACUGUAAUCCCCUUGGGACCCAUCAUACUUAUUGCAUGUAUCAGUAAUUUAUUAUUUUUAUUUAUGAGCAGUUUUACGUGUUACAGAUGUACCACAGUUGCUUUAACCAUUCACCCACUGAAAGACAUUUGGGUUGUUUCUGAUUUUUGCAUGUUCCAAAUAAAGCUUCUGUGAGCAUUCCUCUGCCAUUUUGUCAUUUGUUUUCUAUGUUGCCUCUGUUUUUUUUGUUCCCGUUUUUUUCACUUCUCAUGCCUUCCUGUGGGUUACAUGAGCAUUUUUUAGAAUUUUGAUUUUUCUAUGUUUUCGUUGUUAGGUGGUGUUGGGUCGCUUCUGACUCAUAGCAACCGUAUGUGCAGCAGAACAAAACACUGCCCAGUCCUGCACCAUUCUCACAAUCACUGUUAGGCUGGAGCCCAAAGUUGCAGCCACUUUGUCAAUCCAUCUGGUUGAGGGUCUUGCUCUUUUUCACUGACCAUCUACCAAGCAUGAUGUCUUUCUCCAGGGACUGAUCCCUCCUGAUAACAUGUCCAAAGAAUGUGAGUUAAAGUCUUGCCAUGCUUGCUUCUAACGAGCAUUCUGGCUGUACUUGUUCGAUCUUCUGGCAGCCCAUUGUACAUUCAAUAUUCUUUGCCAACGCUAUAAUUCAAAGGCAUUGAUUCUUCUUUGGUUUUCCUUAUUCAUUGUCCAGCUUUCAAAUCCACAUGAGGCGAUUGAAAACACCAUGGCUUGGGUCAGGCAUACCAUAGUCCUUAAAGUGGCAUAUUUGCAUUUUAACACUUUUGCAGCAGAUUUGCCCAAUGCA